AUGGGUUCGCAGGCCAUCGAGGCGCACCGCGCGGGCGCGGAGGUGUACAGCGGCGCGGCGCUGUGCGCGGAGAAGUCGACGGAGCUGCUGGCGGAGGCGCACCUCCCGCUGGGUCUGCUGCCGCUGGCGGACAUGGAGGAGGUGGGCUACAACCGCGCCACGGGCUUCGUGUGGCUGCGCCAGAAGAAGGCGCUCACGCACACGUUCCGCCAGAUCGGCCGCCAGGUCUCGUACGCCGCCGAGGUCACCGCCUUCGUCGAGGACCGGAGGAUGAAGCGCAUGACCGGGGUCAAGACCAAGGAGCUCCUCAUCUGGGUCACCCUCUCCGACAUGUUCGUCGACAAGGACGACCAGUCCAACAUCACCUUCAAGACGCCCACCGGCCUAGGCAGGACCUUCCCCGUCUCCGCCUUCGCCAAGGAAGGCGCCGCCGACGCCGGCGCUGGCGACGCGGCGGCCAAGCCCAAGGACGCCCCCGCCGCCGCCAACGGUAAUAAGGAGGCCAUCACCGCCGGUAAGGCUGCUGCCAGCAAGUGA